AUGUCGUUCAAUCCUCUCAGGAAACGUAUUCGAGAAGUGGUGCCGUGUUCAUUGCGAAUCCGCAGUACUCUUAGAAUCAUCAAAAGGUGGGUUGCUUAUGGAAGAUCUUACUGCCCUUAUCGAGAUUGUUCUGAAUUGGUUUUGAAUGAAUGUGUUGAAACUAAUAGUACUACCAAGGUGACUAAAUCAAACUGUCCUAACUGCAAAAAACUCUUCUGUUUUCAUUGCAUGGUUCCGUGGAAAGAGAACCAUCGUUGUACUGAUAGAAGUGAGACUACAAUUGACAUUGACAGUAAUGAUGUUUUCUUCAUUGAGAAUGUUAAACACAACAAGUGGGUACGGUGUCCGUCGUGCAACCAUUAUGUUGAGCGCAACCAGGGAUAUGUAAAACCAGAUUUUGUUAUAAUUGCGGAGAACGGAUUUGUAUAUGCAAAAACAGACUACGAUGCUGGCAAAUUCUGA